AUUGUGUCUGCAUUGUGUAUUGUGACUGGAACCAUGAUUUGAGGAGACUACAUAAUGAUUUGAUGGCUAAUUACAGUGUGACGAACAGACCACACAAUAAAACAGAUGUUGUAUCAAGCUUUGCUGUCAAUCAACUUUAGGAGAUGGAUGAACGCAAGCAGACAUUACUCAUAACAGUUUGGUUUCGUUUCUAUUGGAAUGAUGAUCGCUUAACGUGGGAUCCUGAUGACUAUGGAGGUAUGACUGAGUCCUACUUUUCUGUUGAUGAAAUAUGGUUACCAGAUAUCACAUUGUUCAAUAAUGCAAAUGAUAAACCUUCAUCCAUUAAACAAUACAGUGAGGAUAUUUUUGUUAGGGCUGACUUUACUGGGGACAUACGAUGGUUAUUUCCCAGCAUCAUAAUGACAUCAUGUAAAAUUGACAUGAUGCUGUUCCCAUUUGACACUCAGCGCUGCCCAAUACAGUAUGGAUCAUGGAUGCUUACUGGAAACCAACUUGAUCUCUUUACCCGAGAGGACCAUGGCGAUUAUAAGGUAUUUUUACAACAUGGGGAAUGGAACCUUUUAGAAUUUCCUGCUAAGAGAAAUGUAAUGUUUUAUAAUUGUUGCCCUGAUCCCUAUGUUGACCUGACCUAUACAAUGGUGUUGAAACGUAAACCAUUGUUUUAUAUUUACAACUUGAUUAUCCCAUGUGGAUUGCUCCUGAUUGUGAGCAUCAUGGGAUUCCUAAUGCCAAUAGCAUCAGGAACAAGAGCCCCUCUGUCUAUCAUGGUACUGUUGUCAAUGACAGUACUCCAGUUGAACGUUUCAUCCACUAUACCCAUACAGAGUGAGAAUACACCGCUUAUAAGUCAGUACAUUGGCUACAUCCUUCUCAUGAUGUCGCUCAAUGUGAUUCUCACCAUAGGGAGCCUCAAUAUCCAUUACAGAGGUCACUAUGGCAACAGAAUGUCAGACAUGACAAGGAAAGUGAUGCUUGGAGUAUUGGGGGGACUAGUUUGCAAGACAUUACCAAAAUCAAAAGCAGACAGGAAGCAUAUCAUAAAUGAUCUGGUAACAAAUAAUGGACAAAUGAAAACUGAAGGAAAUAUGGAAAAUUUCAAAAAGAGUGGCUAUAGUGGCAACCAAGAUCUAAAUCCUGUGAAUACAGAUGGGAUUGAUGAUGAAAGAAUCCUUGUACAUAAUAAUAUCAAUAAACUAUUAAUUGUUGCUCACGAAAGCAAAACUGAAAAAAAGAGACAAGAAGAAGAAGAAAGAAAAACCAGAGAAGAAUGGAUGAUGGUUGCUAUGGUAACUGAUCAUUUAUUUGCAAUCUUUUUCUUUUUCACUUCAAUUGUUACAUUUUUUUCUAUAUUUCUCCAGUUAAUUUGAGCGUAAGGAGGCUUUGCCAGUUUUAAGGGUGUUUAUUGAUUGAACAGUAAAAUUAACCAAAAUUAAUACUUUGUUGAGUGGUAACAAUUCAUUUAGUUUAAAUAAAAAGGUGUAUAUACCGGUAGGUGUUUUUGGAUCUCUUAUAUUGUAUCUACUUACAAAUUCAUUCAUUCAUGCAAAUGUAACAUCCAUGUGUGUGAGAAUUUGGAGAAAAUCUGAUGAGUGGUUUUGCUGAAAUGACGAUGCAAAAAAAGCGGGACGAUAACAAUCAUGAUCACGACGACUGUGACAACUAUAUCCCAUUGAUGGCGUUAUAAAAACUGCUGAUUUCAAGGACACUUAAGCAUGAAACUGAUAAAUUCUACAUAUCAAUUAAUUCUUGACUGUUAUUGUCUUUUAAAGUAAUAUGGUAGUAUUUAUUUUGCCAUGCACAAAUGUAGUCAUAGAAUCCUUUUUCAUGAAAAUGUUGGUACAUAUUGUUAUAUUGAAUUAUAUCUUACACGCCCGUAGCCAGCUAUUGUGAGGGGUUUGACUUUUUCAAAAAUUCCAGGGGGUUCAUUUUUUGGUCCAAAAUAUCAAGCCCCUGUCAAUUCCUUCUCGAGCGUAGUUCCUACAUCAAUAAGGCAUAAGCCUAUAAAAUUUGAAUGAAAUCCGUUGACCGGUAUUUGAGUUAUUGCCCGGACACACGAACGGACAGACGGACAAACGGAUAGAUGAACAGCUUUCCUAUAUCCCCCUCGAACUUCGUUCGAUGGGAUAAUAAAUUCUUGACUGUUAUUGUCUUUUAAAGUAGUAUGGUAGUAUUUAUUUUGCCAUGCACAAAUGUGGUCAUAGAAUCCCUUUUCAUAAAAGUGUUAGCGCAUAUUGUUAUAUUGAAUUAUAUCUUACACGCCCGUAGCCAGCUAUUGAGAGGGGGGUUUGACUUUUUCAAAAAUUCCAGGGGGUUCGUUUUUUGGUCCAAAAUAUCAAGUCCCUGGCUAUGGGCCUGUGUUUGUGUUAGCAAUAUACUGAACUAGAGCAUAACUGUGAUAAGUAUGCUUUACUUGUUAUAAAUAUACC